GACGUCUAGGCUUCGCUCGAUCUCGACAUUCAUCACAUCAAGGGCGUAGGCCACUUGUUCCAAUUGAUAUCUAGUUUAGCGAUGGGAUCGGAUAUUUAAACAUCCCUUCUAGAGCCUCCAACUUGAGCACCAAACCAAGCAAACACACGCACACCAGAACAUACAUACACGUGCCAUCUAAGCAUUCAUCAUGGUUCGCAUCACCCCCUUCGCCGUGGAGCAAUGGAUGGACGCCUAUGAAACCACGCCAGGCGUGCUCAACGUUGCCGAGACAUGCGCUGCUUCUGUGUCCAUCGAUGACCUAGUCGCUAUGUCCAGCGGUCCCGCCAAGAACCCCAUCGACACGAGCGUCAAGCUCACAUAUGGCGCGAUCCCAGGAUCUCAGACCCUCCGCGAGCGCAUCGCUGCUCACUGCAGCACUGAGGGUGUCCCGUUGGGGCCAGAGGAUGUCAUCGUCACUCAGGGUGCUAUAGGGGCUAACUUCUUGGCUCUGUAUACGCUGAUAGGCCCUGGUGAUCAUGUUAUUUGUGUUUAUCCGACGUAUCAGCAACUCUACGAUACCCCUCGUAGUCUCGGGGCUGAAGUGACUUUGUGGAAGUUGAAGAAGGAGAAUGGCUUUGUGCCUGAUGUCGAUGAACUAGCUGAUCUGAUCAAGCCAAAUACUAAGAUGAUCAUCAUUAACAACCCCAAUAACCCAACCGGUGCACCAAUCCCAAGCAGAGUAAUCGACCGGAUCGCCAAGAUUGCAGAGGAGAAUGGUAUCAUCCUCUUCUCUGAUGAGGUAUACCGACCGCUCUUCCAUGGCGGUGCGUCUGGUUGCGAUCACACUGAAGUGCCCAAGCCAGUGACAACACUAGUUUACCAAAAGACCAUUGCAACGGGAUCAAUGUCCAAGGGCUAUGCGCUAGCAGGCAUCCGCGUCGGAUGGAUCGCCAGCCGUGAUCGAUCCAUCAUCUCUGCCAUCAUGCUAGCCCGCGACUACACCACCAUCAGCGUCUCCCAGAUCGAUGAUCAGAUUGCCAGGUUCGCCCUGUCCCCUGAGGUCAAGCCCGCCUUGGUGCAGCGGAAUAUCACACUCGCCAGGACAAACGCUGCCAUCCUCAAGGAUUUCAUGGACCGGUACAAGUCUGUUUGUUCGUGGGUGGAGCCCAAGGCGGGUACUACAGCGUUCAUCCGCUUCAAUGACAAGAACGGGGAUCCUGUGGAUGAUGUCAAGCUUUGUCUUGAUUUGUUGGAAAAGGCUAAGCUCCUCUUUGUGGCGGGAUCUCGCUGCUUUGGAGGUGAUGCGGACUUCAAGGGUUAUGUUCGUAUGGGCUAUGUCUGUGAGACAGAUGUGUUGGUUGAUGGUUUGAAGGAGCUUAGAGCUUAUAUUGAUAACGUCUUGCUGUAAAGUUGAUGUUAUAUGCGGUCUUGCUAAGGUUUUGCAAAUAUAACAUAAUCAUGUACGCGAGUCACUAAGGCGAGUCAGUAGAAAUCCAUCAUUACAGCUAG